AUGGCAUUACAGACUGGGGCACGUCGGAUAAUAGCAGGAGGAAGCCCCGGGAGAGGUGAGAGCGAGGGCCUACCUGGUGCGGUGAAUUCCAGUGCUGCGCAGACGCCCUUUUCCGAAGGAAGCGAAGACGGAGAUGUCGCUCUGGGGAGGUACGACCCACUCGUUCCAGUGGCGGUCUCGGCGAGAAUCCAGCGUCGAGUCCCACGAGACCCCAUGGAACUUCGCAAGACGGAGAGAUCGAC